UGCGUACGAAAAAUGUUGGCAAAACAAUAUGGGAAUAUUUAUACUCUAUGGAUGGGACAUAUGCCUAUCGUAGUGCUCUCAGGCUUCCAAGCUGUGAAAGAAGGACUGAUGGACCAUUCGGAAGAAUUUUCUGAGCGACCACUGACUCCUUUUCUUGAAGCUGUAGGAAAACAAAAGGGUAUUAUUUUUUCCAACGGCCACACCUGGAAGCAGCAGAGACGGUUCGGUUUGGUUACUCUGCGGAAGCUGGGACUGGGGAAGAAAGGCAUGGAGCGCCAAAUAGAAGAGGAAGCCCAGCAGCUGGUGGAGACUUUCGCACGUGCAAAGGGGCAGCCAGGUGACCCCUCAUUGCCCAUUGUCAAUUCUGUCUCAAACGUCAUAUGUGCCCUGACCUUUGGACACCGGUUUGCUCUUGAAGACAAAAACUUUCAGAAACUGGUUGAAGCUGUUGACAGCAGCUUAAAAUCUGCAGGUACCUUUUUUCAUAUUAGCAAGGAUGAUCCUGACUCUGCCUUUAAUGAAGAAAACCUGGCUCAAUGUAUCCAUGACUUCUUUAUCGCUGGAACAGAAACGACUGCUGUUUCUCUGAGAUGGGCACUGCUCCUCCUGACAAGUCACCCAGAAAUCCAAGAUAAAGUCCACAAGGAGUUGGAAGAUGUUUUGGGUUCUUCUCAUCUCAGUUCCUAUCGAGAUUUAAAGAGACUCCCUUACACGAACGCGGUGAUUCAUGAGAUGCAGAGGGUCAAAUACGUCUUAAUUCUUGGGGUCCCAAGACAAUGUGCGCAGGAUGUGAACAUGCGUGGUUUCCUCAUUCCCAAGAGCUGCUUCAAGACUGGUCAUCUCAUCUUCUUGACCAGCCUGCUGAGGACUUUCCGUUUCCAGCUGCCGGAAGGAGUGAAAGAGCUCAACCAAGACCCUGUUCCAGGGUUGUCAACCCCCCCCUUUCCUUAUAAAAUCUGUGCUGUUCCACGCAAUAAUUCCUUCUAAAAAGUGCCUUCUUUGUUAUUGUAUUCCCGCCCCAACUAACUGUUCGUUUAAUCUAAUAUUCACCCAUGAAUUCUUCUGUUUGUGCAGUCCUAAUGCAUGAAAUACAUGUAUAACUGUUAUGUUCUUUCCCCUCUCACGCAAUACCAGAACCAGGGGACAUCCACUCCAACGGAGCGUUGGGACAGUGAGAACAGACCAAAGAUCUGUCUCGUGUCUCCCCCCAACGAGCUGGUGAAGGGGGUGGAACUGAGAGAAGAACCUCCCCAGAAGGAUUUAAAAACCAAAAAGGCUCCUAUGGGGUGAUAUGAUCUUUCAAAUAGCCCAGAGCCAAACCAUAUAGGGCUUUAGAGCUAAUAACAGGCACUUUGAUUUGGCCCUGGGAACAAACCGGCAGCUGGGGAAGCUCUCAGUACUUAAUUAAGGUUGCCACAGUUGCCUGGCAUAGAGCAAAUAAGCAGAUAGAGUAAAAACAAAUCUAAGCAAGUAUCAAAAUAUAGUUACAGUUAACAGUAACUAUAAUAAAGUAAUAGAGUAGUCCUAGAACGAGCUGGAAUUUUCAGCCUGUAUACAAUAUUGAAACUGCAACGUCUACGUUGGC